AUGUCCGCUCAGCUCAGUUCUCGUACAAUUACCACUGCGGCUGCUACUACCGCCGUGGCUGUUGGUAUCGGCGCAUACUCCCUCCAGACAGCACUUGCGGAAACAAACCAGCCCCCGAUGGUAUUUGGAAAGACCGGCUUCACGUCGCUGCGACUGCACAGCACCAAGACGGUGAAUCAUAAUACGAAACGACUUGUGUUUGAGUUUCCGGAUAAGGAUGCGAAGAGUGGUCUUGCGUUGACUUCUUCUCUACUUACUAUCUCCCGUCCUCAGGGCAGUUGGCUUCCCGUUAUUCGGCCCUACACUCCUAUCAGUGACUUCGACAACCCCGGCUACGUCGAGUUCCUGAUCAAAAAAUACCCCUCCGGCAAAGCCAGCACUCAUCUCCACUCCCUCCAACCUGGCCAAUCCAUCUCCUUCUUCGGCCCCAUCAAAGCCUACCCCUGGGCCCCCAACAAACACUCCCACAUCUACCUCCUCGCCGGCGGCGCAGGCAUCACGCCCAUGUACCAACUGAUCCAAGGCGCGCUGAAGGACCCCGAAGAUAAAACGAAGAUCACAUUGGUGUUUGGUGUGAAUACAGAGGAGGAUUUAGUGUUGAGGGAGGAGUUGGAGGGAUUUAAGAAGCGGUAUCCUGAGCGGCUUGAGACAGUGUAUACUAUUAGUGAUGGAAAGACCGAGGGGAAGACGUUUGAGAAGGGGAGGAUUACGGAGGAGUUAUUGAAGAAGGUUAUGAAGCCUAAGGGGUCUGAGGAGGAUGUGAAAGUGUUUGUCUGCGGACCGCCGGCUAUGGAGACGGCGUUGAUCGGGUCGAAUGGGUGGUUUGGGGGUGGGAAGGGGAUUCUGGGACAGCUUGGGUACACUAAGGAUCAGAUUUUUAAGUUUUAG